CCUAUGAAGGCGCGAAAUCCAAUAUGGCGCUGUCCACAUCCUUUCACGAGGUUCUUAUUUUGAGAGGGGAAACACAUCGUUGGAAAGAUCUCACAAUAAAUUCAGGUGGAACACAAGGUGUCCUUCAAGAUGUCAAUGUCGCGGAUAGCGCAGGGGGAUUCGCCUACAAGGACAGUCACAAGGUCAACAGUGCGACCGCUAACAGGUUCAUCUACUGGCGCACUUCUCAGAAUCGUGUAGAACUGGUGGAGAGCUCUCUCAAUCACAAUCUCCAUGGCAACGCCCUGCGUCUCAACUUCCAGGGCUCGCCCAUCAUUCCAAGGGUGUCAAUCCACGAGACCCAUUCACACGUCGUGGUUCUGAUCGCUACGUUCACAUCGGUUCAUCGUCUCCCAUUCCCCCAUCCCAACAAAUUGAAUAGACAGGAUUCCAACAACCAGUUCACAAGCUUUGAUCUAACCUCCAUCUUUGCCGACGCCUCCGUGACGAACUUCCGGGAUGCGUCUAACAUCCAUGAGAUCGUACAAGGCGGAGCUCAGACCUAUGAGUUCCAGGCAUGCGGGUCAUGGAUGACCGGGGAUGGAGAGGCCUGGUUCGCUCUCUCGGUACGCAGCGGUAGCCUGGUCUUGGUCAAGAUGGCCCCGCUUGGCUUGAGAGGUAUUACAACACAGAAUGAAGUCAAAGAGUCCUCUAUCAUGGAAAGGUUGUGGACUGGUCUCGUCCCAGUCGCCAUCAGGAGAGGCCAAGAUGCGAUGUAUCUGGCCCAGAGUGUGGCUGUUCGACCCCUAGGCCAGGACAUGAUGGCUUUCAGUGUAUCUAGAGACCACAAGCUAAGGAUCUGGUCGUGCAAGACCUUGAACUGCCUGAUCACCAGUGACCUGACCAGCUUCCUGCCAGAGGGCAUGAUGGGAUUGGACGAGCAGCCGAUCCUCCGUCACGAGAUCCGCGUGAUCCAGGGUUCAACGCCCUCUAGUCUGACCCUCGGCAUCUACUUAACCAUCUCACAACUUUCACUGUUCCUGAUCUUGGAGCAGCAGUGGCAGGAUGGGCAGUGCCGUCUGUAUCAUGUGACCACGCUGGACGAUGUCAAGGGUCAAACACUUGUUGACUUCACAAUGACGGGUUCUCAUGUUGUUGCCAUGUGGGGCUUAGCUGAUGGUGGCACGGUAGUGAAGACGACAUGCUAUUCAAAGCAAUGUCAAGAAGGAUGGCAGCCGGUCUACCUGGAAACUGACCAACUGACCAGUGUCCAAGUUCCAGCUUUUCUUGACCCUCGGGAGGCGUACCUGGAUCACAUCUUCAAACCUGGCAGGUUCUCAGUUCAAACCAUCCUCAGAGCCCUUCAUACAUACAGUCGCUCCGCCGGGUCUGACCUCGGUACCCUGAUGGACGUUGACCUACCCGAUCCUUCCAUCCUGCGACAAGAUGCGUCCAUCGUCGUGGAAACAGAGAUACAGCAGCGGGUCGGGGGAGGGGAAGUCUCCCAGGGGGAGUACAGGCAGCUGGUGGAACAGAGCAUGAGCAAGUUUCUAGCCUGCUGCGUGGAAUAUCAUCAAGUUGCCAACAAGCCGUUAGGAUUGUUCUUGGAUCGUAACACACACAUGCCGUGCCUUAUCAAAAGAAACUUGUUGUCUGUGCUUCAACCGGUCGGCCUGCUCGAGGACCUUCACAUGGGGGUCAAGCGCACUUUCAGUAUGGAUGACCUCGGAGUGGAGCUGUCUGAUGAAGACCCCACCAUUCUUCAAGACAUGCAAUCGCUCCAGGAAUGCAUCCAUCUCCUCUCAUCCUCCUCCUCUGUUGCCAUGGAGAUGCAAGGCUUCACCGACUCGCUGAUGCAGCUUGAGAGACCGGUGGAUGUCGCCCAGAAACUGGCCAGCAAACUCCUCAUGCAGGAUGGUCCUCAAAACCAGGCCGUUCGGGAGCAGGUUACACAAGCACUCGGUAGAAUCAUGGAUCCAACGGGAGUCUUCCGAACGGUUCUGCAUCUCGUUGAUGUAGCAGGGGGCGAGCCAGGGAAUCUGCUAGCUGAACUGGGUGCAGAUUUUGUCCACGGUCCCAUACACCACACUCUGAGUAGUGAUCUGUCUGUGGUCUGCCUGGCUGCUAGCUUCACUAGGUUCGCCCAACUGAGGCUAGAAUUCAUGCAGAUUCUUCUGGUGCUUGAGUGUUUGAUACUGAGACUAGAGUCACAGCUUCCAUGGACUGCUGAAUGCACCAAGAAGUUAACCUGUGAUGUGAUACCAGAGACAUGCACCAUUCUGCAAGCCUACCACUCUUUAGUAUGGCUCUCCACGUGUAUAUCCAGCCCUGUGCAAACAAAGACUGUGGAAUUCCAUCUCAGACAAAUGGCAGUGCUUGAAAUCUCCACCAACAGUCCCUCCCACCUGGCGGGUCAGACCUCCCAUCUUCAUCAUCGACUAGUCCACCUUCACCCACCCUUGUGGAGCUGUUUCUUCAGGGAAGUGGAGGGGGCUACGUCCGUUCCAUUCUGGCCAAGAGGGCAAACAGGAGAGCGGAGGGACUGCAGAACUGGGGAAAGUUGUACCCCGCUGCGAUGAAGGCGAUUGCUCAGUUGAUUUGGCCAAUCAGUGCUAACUUCCUGUUUGCCGAGUACCUGAUGAUGAAGUGCCAGUAUACUCAACUGCAGGGUUACAUCCGUCUGCUGUCCCUUGGUGCGAGUGGAACGCAGCGUCGCGUCAGUUCCUCCUGGCGCACUGCUACCUUAACACCGGGGAGCCCGUCAAGGC